AAAAACAGAUACUGGGAAAGAAAAAAAAAAAAAAAGGGAAAAUAAAGGUGGAAGAAGCGGAUGAAGAAUUCCACAACAGCAGCAACAACAACACCAACGAUAACAACAACAACAACAACAACAACCAAAGUCACCCCCCGUACACAACACUAAUGGAAUCCUCAGCUUUCUUAUUCUUCAACAAAGUCCCUCUUUUUUUUUUUUGUUUUUCCCCACAAACCCACCAAUUAUCACCGCUUUCUUUUGCUUCUCAUCUCUUCCAUUCUCCAUUUUGGUUAUUCUUCUUCUUCUUUUUCUUCUCUCUUUCUCUCUUCCCGAUCGAUCAACGAUCAUCGAUCGCUGCGGUUUCCUUGGUUCUGGUGUUUCUGAUCCGUAAUCCGGUUGAACAAAACUCGGGUAAAUUUUUUUUUUUUGGUAAAGCACAAUGGAAAGUGAAAGGAGCUUACUUUAAUGGUCACGGAGUUUUAUUCCUUUUUAUGGUGGUGGUGUGCGUUUUGUGUUUUUUUAUUACAGAGAUAUGUUUGGUUUUGGAGGUGGUGAUAGAAAUCCUAUGCUGCUACCUGAUUUCCACGAAGGAAACCACCAGUUCCAAUAUGAUACAAUCUCGCUGCAUCGGCUGCAGUUAUCUGGAAACGCGUCCUAUGUUUCAGUCUAGUCUCACAAGGCAUUGUUGUUAUCUAACACAGUCCAAGUUGGAUGCAAUAUUAGUCCCAUAAACCAUAUGGCAAACAAUCAUUCAACUAAAGUGGAUCCGCCAAGUAGUAGAAGCAUGGAUACAGAAUCAAUUUUGAGACAGCAAAAGCAUCUUAUAUCUCUAAAUAAUAACAUUCGUCAAGAUACAGCCGGUCGGUCUGGGAGCGUUCUGAAUCCAAAUCCUGUGUCAACUGGGCUGAGACUUUCCCGUGAGGAGGAUGAAUACAACUCUUCUGUUACUUCCUCAAGUGAAAGCAUGAGAGCUGUCCUGCCUGUUAUUACAUCUCUUGGAGAUAACCUGAAGGUUGAGAUUGAUCGACAGAAAGAAGAAGUUGAUCGUUACAUAAAAAUUCAGGAAGAGAAGAUCGCCAAGGGUGUUAUGGAGCUGAAUCAAAGACAUAUGGUUCAUUUUCUCAGCUCCGUUGAGAAAGGAGUUGUCAAGAAGCUGCACGAAAAAGAGAUAGAAAUGGACAACAUAAAUCGCAAGAACAAGGAACUAACAGAGAGAAUAAAACAUGUGUCGGCGGAGGUUCAGUCCUGGCACUCUAGAGCGAAGUACAAUGAGUCUGUUGUCAAUUUCUUGAAUAACAGUUUACAGCAGGUUAUGGCACGAGGCUCUGUGUAUGGGAAAGAAGGCUAUGGGGACAGUGAGGAAGAUGAUACGGCCUCUUUUACGAACUCAAAACGUCUCAAAUUUGUUGAUGGUUCUGGAGAUUCUGUUCUUACUAAAAAGCAGAUAAACUGCAGGGUGUGCAAUGUUAAAGAAGUCUCAGUCAUAUUGUUACCCUGUAGACACCUGUGUCUGUGUAAAGAUUGUGAAGUUUCUAUACAUCAAUGCCCUCUCUGCAGGAUAACAAAGACGACAAGUAUUCAAGUUUUCAUGUCCUGAGGGUGUAAUGGUAUAUUUCAUACACAUUAUAAUUCAUCAUUAUUUCCCUGAUGGCAAAACAUGGGAAUCAAAUGGAGUUCUAUUUAUUAUUAUUAUUUUUUCUUUAGAGCUCACGUUGAUGGCCACUUUGGUUUUUGUUUUGAUAAUAAAAUUUAUUUGGAGAGUUGAUUGUUAUGUUAA